UUUUACUCAGUAACUUUGUUUGUUUGGGGAUGUGCUCCUGGGUGGUAACGCUGGAGGCCUGGAUGUCGGUGUGCUGAGGGAAUUAAGACUCAGGUCUCGGGCCAUCCUUGCAACAUCCCCAGGGCUGGCUUCUAGGAACCAGCUCUACCGGACUUGGGAGGCUGAGAGUCUCGGCGGAGAGGAAUGGCUGCAGGAGGGCGCUACGCGGGGAAGGUGGUGCUGGUGACCGGGGGCGGCCGCGGCAUCGGAGCGGGGAUCGUCCGGGCCUUUGCCCAGAGUGGGGCCCAGGUGGUGUUCUGUGACAAAGAUGAGUCAGGAAGCCGGGCCCUGGUUCGGGAACUUCCUGAAACUGUCUUCAUCCCGUGUGAUGUGACCCGGGAGGAAGAGGUGGAGACCCUUAUUGCUGAUACCAUCCGUCUAUUCGGCCGCCUGGAUUGUGUGGUUAACAACGCUGGCUACCAUCCACCCCCUCAGUGGCCUGAGGAGACUUCAGCCCAGGGCUUCAGGCAGCUGUUGGAGCUGAAUCUGUUAGCUGCUUACACAUUGGCCAAGGUGAGGGCUGGAGCCGUCUUUGUCUAAAAGCAGAAUGUUUGUGCUUGUGUUUGUUUUUCUCCCU